GGGGAUAAGGGUGUGCGCGCGCCUCAACCUUCCGCCUGCGUGCUCACCUGCUGUGGGAUUUUCUAAUCGCCAACAGUCGUCCUUGUGCAGCUUUAUCGUUCAUUUGGAAUACUGAGUCCACUAACAGUGGAAGCUGAAUUUGUUUCUUUUUCUUUCUUGUUUUCUUUCCUCCUGGACGCUGUAAUAAUAACUCCACGUCUGAUGUGGUGUGGACCCCGUCGCUCUCCGGAGGGGAUUAGAGACACGAACCCCCCCACCACUCGGUGAGGAAGACAUGUCCCCUUGUUCCUCCGCAGUGCAAUGAUGGAUGGAGAGACAGCAGAAUGGGACUUUAACUGGCGACCUCAUGGAGCCCUGACCUAAAGUGCUGAGAGCAGGUGUGUUGUUCUGCGAAUGUGAAGCCAUGUGUAGGUGUACACACAAAGACGGAUGACCAGAUGCGAUGAUUUGGAGAGUCCUGAGUGGGGCAGAGAGUGAGAGAGAAAUAAAUGGAACUGCAGGACAGGAGUUACUCCCCAUCCCGUAGGACCAGCAGGGUCGAGCAGGUGGUAGGACGAUGGCUGAGACGGUCCCGAGAGUUGGGCAGCAGGUCUUUAAGCAGAGACAGAGUUGCAAUAGAUGGCAGGACAGCAGAGUGCGGGACCUCAGACCAGAGGAACUAUCCAUUCCGCUUGAAUGUAUUGAUCCAGCAGGACCCAAACUUCAAAUCUCAUGGCCUCACUCUUUCCUCCCACACACCCAUCCUGGUAGAAGAGGUCACCCCAGGUGGUCCUGCAGAUGGCCGGCUCGUCCCUGGUGACCAGCUUGUGAAGAUCAAUAACGUCACUGUUGAUGAUCUGACCUCUGAGCAAGCUGCUGAAAUAAUCAGGGAGUGUGAAGAUACGUUAUCAGUGACUAUUCUCAGAACAAUGUUGGGCCCUAAGUCAUCAUUCAUCACGCCAGAGAAGAGGGCCAAGCUAAAGUCCAACCCAGUAAAAGUCCACUUUGCUGAGGAAGUUGAAGUCAAUGGACACGCUCAGGGCAACUCGCUGCUAUUUCUGCCUAAUGUUCUGAAGGUUUAUCUGGAGAAUGGGCAGACCAAGGCCUUUAAAUUUGAGCCCAGCACAACGGUCAAGGACAUCGUGAUGACACUCAAGGAAAAACUUUCUCUGAGGAAUAUUGAACAUUUCUCCUUGGUGCUGGAGCAGCAAUACAGUGUCACUAAACUACUGCUGCUACAUGACGAGGAGAAGAUCCAACAGGUGGUCCAGAAGAAAGAGUCCCAUGACUUCAGAUGUCUGUUCCGUGUUUGUUUUGUCCCUAAAAAACCUGAGACUCUACUACAGGGAGAUCCGACUGCCUUUGAGUAUUUUUACCUUCAGGGAGUGAAUGAUGUUCUGCAAGAGCGCUUUGCGGUGGAGAUGAGGUGUAACACUGCUCUGCGACUUGCUGCACUGCACAUCCAGGAGAGGUUGGUGAGCUGUGGACUGCCACCAAAGACCAACCUGAAGACAGUCACUAAGACGUGGGGCAUGGAAACCUUUGUGUCCUCCACAUUGUUGAGAAACAUGCGAGAGAAAGACAUGAAAAAGACCAUAACCUUCCAGUUGAAGAAGAGCCAAUCGCAGAAUGAUCCCAAACAGAAAGGACUGACAGUUGACCAGGCACGCAUAAACUACCUGGAAGAACUAAGUGAGCUCAAGUCUUUUGGUGGAAAAUCCUUUAGUGCAACUAUGAUGCUGCAGGACAGAGAGUCCACAGUAACCCUGUUGGUGGGGGCACGCUAUGGCGUGAGUCAGGUGGUCAACCACAAAAUGAGCAUCCUGUCCACCCUCACAGAGUUUAACAGCAUCACACGCCUCGAGCUCAUUCAGGAAUCUGACAAGGUCAGCUUGGUAAAAAUAUACCUGCAGGACAUUAAGCCCAUUACGCUGCUACUGGAGACAGUGGCGGCCAAGGAUAUGUCAUGCCUAAUAGCAGGCUACUGUCGAGUGUUUGUUGACCCCAACAUUAAUAUCUUUCCGUGGAUGGAUGUCCCUAAGAAGCACAAAGUGUCUGUUGAAGAAGGUUAUGUGUCGCGCUGCGGCAGCGACUCUGACAACUCAUCAGACCUAGACAUGGAGCCGCUUGUCACCCACCUGUCUCGUGAUGGCAAACGUUGCCCACGUGUCAGAUCCUCGUCAGACACAGAGGGAAGGCAUAGGCCUGAAAGGAACCCCAAGAUAAACAAACAUGACAGGGAAAAUAGAAAUGAAAAAGACAAGAGACAAAAAGAUGAAAAUGAUGCUGACACAGAAAAGGAUCCAACUGAUACAAUUGAAGAGUGUAAGAAAGAAGACAAACAGCUCACGAAGGAGACAGAAGCCCAGAAUGGUGGACAAAUUCAGAUCGAUGUGACAGACAAGGAAUGCGGGAAACUUCAAAAUGAGGCACAAGAAUCCAAGACAGAAAGUGGAGUUACUGGGGACCAGGACCAGGACCAUUCAUGUCAUACCGACUCCUGUGUUAUAACCAGCCCUUCCAGUGACUCUCUUGACUUCCUGGAGGAAGACGACCUGAUUUCGUGCUCCUGUUCCUCCCUCCAUCCCAGUGCUUCAACACUAAGUCAUGCCCAAACAUAUUCAUCUCUUGAACUUCACCCUUAUACUCGCACAUACUCUGACGGUCACCUUCUUGUUCCUCCUCCGGCUCACUCCCAUCGUCUUCUUCAUGUGACAUCCUACAGAAAUACUGAUGAAGGAGGCAGAAAGGCUUCUGACGAUGGAGCUGAACUCCAGCACUUUGAACCUGUCCCCUCCUCCUUUGACAUUCACCUCACCAAUUAUUCAACCAGCUCCUACUCGGAAAAUGACACCAUAUGUUUUGCUGAGUUGUCGCGUCUUGCGGACCUCCUCCCAAGUCCACCUGAGGCUAGUGAGGAUGAAGAGGAGGAUGUGAGAAAAAGGACAACUAUGCUAACUGACAACAUAGAUGAGGCUUUGAGAAGAAUAUGUGAAGGAGGAAUCAGUAGUUUUCGCCGACACCCUCAUUCCCCUUCCAUAACCUCCGCCUCCUCCCACUCUGAGAAUGUGUUUAACUUUGAUCAGAGCGAUGCACGCUGUUACUACAAACUUUGCUCCAACAUCACCCCUGACAGUGCUCGCAGCCUUUCCCAACCUGUGAAUGAUACUCAAAGAGGAGAGGUUAUGGAGGAAGAACACGCUGAAGCAGAUGAACUGCGGCCGCUUCCCAUUCUCCAGCCGCCACCUGGCUUUGGAGACAGUAGCUCGGAUGAGGAAUUCUUUGAUGCCAGGGAUCGCUUCACAUCCCCUGACGAUCCAGCCUCUGGGGCGGUGCCUAAAGAUGAUUGUGCAAAGAUGAAAGUGGAUUUUGUCAGCACACUCCGUCUGAGUGGCAUCAGAAUCUCUGUGCCAGAUGCAAACAAAGAAGCGAGCCAACAAGGGGACAAGGAAGGUGGAGGCAGGAAAGCAUUAUAUGAUCACAGAAAAAGAUCCCGUUCGCGUCGUUCCUUCAAGGAAACUGAUGGUACCUCUAGGAUAUCGUGUCCAGAACCUGAUUCAUCAUCAAUGCAGGACACGGUCUAUUCCAAGUUAAGUAAAAACCUUUUGGCAGAAGCUAGUGAUGACACACUGACUUCUGACCCUGAACCUUCAGAACAAACAGAGAAUCCCAGUCCUACUGUCUCCUCUCUGAGUCACUCUGAAGGAGAACCAGCCCAGCUUGAGACGAAACCCAUUCUGAUCACUUAUGAACCACACUCUUCCUCUUCCCUUAUUGGAUCCAGUGAUCAAAGUGGAGACCCUCUGGCCCCCACCAGGAAAAGGAAACAAGAAAUGGAGAUGGAACCUGAUGCAAUGGAAUCUAAAUCUGUCACUGACAACAUAAAGACCGUAUCUCCUUCCAUCACUGUUGUGCGAUGCAGAGUGGACCCAGAUGGAUGGGAGGGCGCUGAUCGUAGAGGUGAUGGAAAGGUGGAAGAGGGUAACCAGGACGAGAAGGAGCCAUCUGUGACACUCGAGGGUAACACUUCCUGUCUGAGAGAGUUGAAUAACAAGAGUGUCCACCUUAUUGCUCCUGUUCAAAACUUCUAUACAAAGGAUGAUGACUCAAUGCCUUCAUCAUACUCUCCGCCACCGCCUCCACCAUCAUCCCCACUGCUUCCAAUGCUGGUUUGUCACAAAUCACAGAGUGGCUGUUUACACAGGGAUAGCACAGAGACAUCUGUCAAAAUAUCAUCAUUCAGCGCUGAGGAAGAACAAAAUCCAAUCAAGAACCCACAGUUGAACUUAGAAAUCGCAAGCACUGAAGGUGAAGCUGCUGGUGUGGUUUCUUCUGGUAGGAAUGCCAGUGACGAGGUUACAGACAGCACCAGCUCUGAUAAUGUUUUUGAAGAUGAUGACGUAAUAAAUGCUUCAGGUGGAAAAGAUGUUGACAUAGAUGACUGGACAACAAUUUGUAACAAUUGUAACAUAAGUAUUAAUUCAGACACAGAAAGUGAAUGUCCUAAAAAUACCACCACUGAAGCCAGUACAAAAAUGAAUGCUCAUCCUGAACACACACAUACUGCAAACACCAUCAUAGUAGAGUUUGGAGCUGCAACAAGUGCCGUCUCUCCUCAAUCAGAGGCGGGAUUGAAAACUGAAGUUUCAAAUGCUUUAUGCACGGCUCCAACUGUGCAUAAAGCCAGAGGAGAAUCCUCUUCAGGUGCUGAUUCACUUCCAGCUAACACUGCCAUGAUCCACAAUCUUGCCAAAGGGUCUCCUCCGCCGACUCACUUCCUCUUCCAGUCCUGUUCCCCCAACAUCAUGGGCCGUUUGUCUGCCUCCACACUUAGAGGAAAGAUUCAAAAGUUGCCUGUGUUUCUAUCACAUUCCCAAGAACCCCUUAACCAAGAUGGGUUGGACAGUGAUGGGCAAUGUUCUGUCAACACGAACAUCAUGCACACAGUGGUGGACGUUCAUGAUGUCAUGCAUUCCGCAGAUACAAUAGAGGCAGAGGAGUCUGAUGAUUCAGAUGCGACUGUUACAGGGUCAGAAGUAGAGGGCGAGUUUUCUGUUCCUACAGCCUCGGACAAGAACUCUAAUUUAGUAUCAGAAGUGAGAGAAACACCAGAAAUGUUGGAAGAUGACAAAACCAAACCCUUGCCCAUCCAGGCUGAACCCCAGCCGCAACAAAGAAAUGCGCUUCUGCAGCCCGAAUCUAACAAAGUACCAGGACCAAUAACAGAGCCUCCAGUUUCCAUAGUGGUUAACCUCCCAAGAUAUUCUACAAUUCUGACUGUGGACACUCCUGGCCCUGUAAAAAAUGCUCCAAGAUCCCAGAUGAAAGACACAACUCCAGCUGAAAGCAUUCCAGGUUAUCAACUAAGGUCUCAGUUACCCUCCACCCCUCCUGCAAUUGUGGUAACUACACAAAAUCUAAAUGGGCCAGGACUACAUUUUCAUGGUACCAGCAGUAACAGGCACUUAAUUGGUCUUCAUAGGCCACCUGAACAGAGCAUGGACUCACUGCACCCACUUUCUUCAGGCUGCAGGGUGUUUCACGCAUGUGAGGACCCAUCUCAUUCAAAGGUAUCAUCAGAGGUAGGGACUGCUUUAAACUUGAAACCUGAGAUUGGGUGCACAUCUGCACUGACAUCUAGGUGUGAGUCAGUAGCGGAGGGGUUGAACAUGGAUGCUUGUGGUUGCCCAGCAGUCUACACCAACUGCUUCAGCAGGGAGGGCAGCUUUGAUGAGGAUAUGACCAUCUAUGAGUUCUCAUGCCAAGGCAGUGGUGUGGCACCAAGUUCGAGGUUAACUCUUCCUCUCAUGACUGAUCCUUCUGUUUCAUCCUUUCUUACUCCCUCUUCCGCACACCCUCCGCCCUUUCCACACUCCAUUCUGUUGUCCUCCCCAACAUAUGAGCUUAGUCCUCUCCACUCACCAUUCGCCAAUGUUUGUAUGCACUGUAAAACACAAAAGGACACGAUCAAUCGACUAGGAAAGCAGCGUUACCCAAAACCACCCACUGGAUUCCACGUUCUCUGUGCGGAUGUAGACCAGCUCCUUUCUGUCUUGGAGAAAAGCGGUGUUGACCGUUCUAUGGCUGGUCAAGGAGGUCGCCAUCCAAAGGAUGCGUGUGCUUCCCACUUCACAGAGAACAAUCAGGUGCUCCAAACUGAAGCAAGGCGGCUUACAACAUGCUGCCAAAAGGUGGUGGGUAUUGACCAAAGUCCGGAGGAAAUGCUCAGUUUACUGGCUGACAGUUUCCGGACCUUAGUGGAGUUAGCAGGCAUAUGCAUAUGGUUUUCUGGUUGUGACAGAUGCGAGCGAAGGAAUGCCGAAGCUGUCGCGGGUUUGGCAGAUGUGGCCCGCUCAUUCAGGGACUUGUGUCUGGCAGCAGAGCGUGCCGGCAGCAAUCGUAGCUGCCACGACCUGAGCACCAAGCUGUUAGCCAAACAAUGCACCGCACUCACCGCUUCCGUUUUCUGCCUCACUCAGGUCUUCCGUACUCUAACAGCACUGUGAAGGGGGCGCCAAACUGUGGUGCAAAAUCUCAAACUGGCAUGUUGAUGGAAUGGUCAUGUGCAUGUGAUUACCCACUCUAUGACGUGCGCAAAGCCCAACAAUCCUACGGUAAACAAACUGCAAGUUGCCUCAGCAAAUGUGCUUGCAUUCCUGUGU